AUGAGCUCGUCUCGGGGUUCCAAUCUGAGUCGCGCGGCGCGGUAUGCUGUGCCUUUUGGCUUGGUUUUAAUUCCUGUUUGGAGGAACCUGGUCAACACCAACGUCCCCGAGCCGUACCUCGACGAAGUAUUCCACGUCCCUCAGGCGCAGACAUACUGGGCACACAAGUGGACGCAGUGGGAUCCCAAAAUCACGACUCCGCCGGGUCUCUACCUGUGGUCAUAUCUUCUAUGCGCCGCCCUGCUUACUCUCCGCGGCUCCCCGACUCAACUCGAUACCGCGGCUCUGAGAACAACCAACGUCGCUACUACGGGGGGUUUCCUCCCAUGGAGACUCCAAGUCCUCUCGGAUGCUAUCCAAAAGGUUCGAAAUAACCGCCAGUUAGGCGCCUGGCUCAGUCAUACCGUAUUGAACAUCUGCUUGUUCCCGCCUCUCUUCUUCUUCUCGGCCCUCUACUAUACCGAUAUUCUUGCGUUGUUAGCUGUUGUGGAGGCUUACAACUGGGAUUUAAAACGGGCUUCACGAGGCGGCAGCCUAUUUCUGUCUACUUUGGGAUUCCUGGUCUUUGGUUUGGCUGCGUUAGUGUGCCGCCAGACAAAUAUCUUUUGGGUUUCUGUCUUCCUCGGUGGACUGCAGGUUGUUCGCACGAUUCGCAAGUCUUCCAAAGUGACUAGCUCAUCCGGAAUCUCUUCGGUCAUUCAAGGUGCACUGAAGAAUGAGGUUUACGACCCUCCUGUUUCUACGGCAUCUUUACCAGAUUAUUUCAAGGUAGCAGUUUCUCUUGCUGUUGCGGCUCUGAAGAAUACAGUCCCCGUUUUGGUCUCUAUUCUUCCACAUAUCCUGAUUCUUGCGGUAUUCGGGGCAUUUGUCAUCUGGAACAAUGGUGUUGUCCUUGGUCACAAAGAAUUCCACACCGCGGGCAUUCAUUUGGCUCAGAUGCUGUAUAUCUGGCCUUAUUUCGUAUUCUUCUCUUGGCCGUUGCUUAUUCUUCCUGCGGUCAACAUCGUCCUUCCGAAGACUAUUUUGCCAAAGUACCCGAACUAUGGUCUCCCCGAGAAGCAAAGAAAGCUUCUUCCGACACUCAUCUCUGCAGCUUUGGUCAUCCCGUUGUUGCUUGUUAUCGUUCACUUCAAUACUCUGGUUCAUCCCUUCACAUUGGCAGACAACCGUCAUUAUGUCUUCUAUGUCUUCCGUCUUUUGCUGAAUAUUCACCCGGCGGUAAAGUAUGCUGCUGUGGUGGUAUACUUUGCCUGUGGGUGGGCAGUAAUUUCGGCUUUGGGCUUUACGAUCUCGACAGCUCCUCGAUUGUUCCAAUUGCCCCCCGGUGUUAAGCCUGGCCCUCGUAAGCCUGAGGCUAAAACCUCACCUGCGCCCAAGGAAAUAACCAGGGAUCAACCAAAGGGAACGAGGAAAUCGACCCGAACAACUCGCAAAUCCCCAUCGAAGACUCAGCCAGAGCCAGCGAAACCGGAUCCUGUUACUCUCGAGACGUUCGCCAGCAUUCAAGAACAUCUCAUGAAGCGGCGCCAAGAGCAGGCAGAUUCAUCCCCUCGAGUUAGUUUUGUCCUUGUCUGGCUUGCCGCUACUGCAUUGUCUCUUGUAACAGCGCCGCUUGUGGAGCCGAGAUAUUUCAUUAUUCCUUGGGUUAUGUGGCGCUUGCAUCUUCCAGCAGUUCCUGCUUUGGGGGUAUUCCGAAGACAGCCCGCUGAGACAGAACAGGAGAGAGUACGAUCUGAUUUGGCUGGGCAUGUCCCGGUUUUCCUGGAAACUGCAUGGUUCAUGCUUAUCAACGCGGUCACUGGCUAUGUGUUCCUGUACAAGGGCUUCGAGUGGCCUCAGGAACCAGGGAAGGUCCAACGGUUCAUGUGGUAA